AUUGAUCACUUUGGAUUUGAUGAAAAUCUUACAUUCCAGCAGCGGUAUCUAGUAGCAGAUCAGCACUGGGAGAAAGACAAUGGACCAAUACUAUUUUAUACAGGCAAUGAAGGAGACAUCACGUGGUUCUGCAACAAUACGGGUUUUAUGUGGGAUGUGGCUGAAGAACUUAAUGCCAUGUUAGUAUUUGCUGAACAUAGAUAUUAUGGAGAAUCUUUGCCCUUUGGGAAUGAGUCUUUCAGUGAUUCCAAGCACCUGAAUUACCUGACGUCAGAACAAGCUCUGGCAGACUUUGCAGUACUAAUUGAGUACCUAAAGACGACCAUUGCGGGAGCCCGUUACAGUCCAGUCAUAGCUAUAGGAGGAUCUUACGGAGGAAUGCUUGCAGCCUGGUUUAGGAUGAAGUACCCCCAUGUGGUAGCUGGAGCUCUGGCAGCCUCUGCCCCGAUCUGGCAGUUUGGUGAUUUAGUUCCAUGUGGCACUUAUUUCAGCAUAGUGACCAAUGAUUUCAAAAAGAGUGGGACAGGCUGCUCAGAAAGCAUUCGGAAUUCCUGGAACGCCAUUAACCACCUUUCCUCAACAGAUGCAGGUUUACAGUGGCUUUCCAGCACAUUUCAUUUGUGCAGCCCAUUAAAGAAUCUUCAGGAUGCUGCUGUAUUGAAAAAUUGGCUGAGUGAAACAUGGGUAAACUUGGCCAUGGUGAACUAUCCCUAUGAAGCUGACUUCUUGCAGCCUCUGCCAGCUUGGCCUAUACAGGAAGUCUGCAAGUUCUUGAAGGAUCCCAGUCUCUCUGACAAAUUGUUGCUACAGAAUGUUUUUCAGGCAGUAAAUUUGUACUACAAUUAUACAGGAGAAGCCUCGUGCUUAGACAUGUCUGAGACUGCAACCAAGAAUCUAGGCCAGUUGGGUUGGUACUAUCAGGCUUGCACUGAGAUGGUGAUGCCCAUGUGCACGGAUGGUGUCAAUGACAUGUUUGAACCUCAGAAAUGGGACUUUGAUGCACUUUCAGAAGAAUGUUACAGGCUGUGGGGAGUGACGCCUCGCCCCUCUUGGAUUCUUUCUAUGUAUGGAGGGAAAAACAUCAGUUCACACAGCAAUAUCAUCUUCAGCAAUGGUGGCCUGGACCCAUGGUCUGCAGGUGGGGUGACCCAGAACAUCAGUGAUUCCCUCGUGGCAAUCAUGAUCCCAGAUGGAGCCCAUCACCUGGACCUACGCAGCCGCAACCCUUCGGACCCCAAAUCUGUGCAGCAAGCUCGAGCCUUGGAAAUCAGCUACAUGAAGCAGUGGAUUGAAAAGGCCAGGCACAACCACUGA